AUGUGGAAGAGAUUACUACUUGUUAACAGACUGGCUAGGACUGUUACACCUUUACAUAAAGUACCAUAUAAUGAACAACUGGUAAAAAAGGAAAAAGUAAUGAGGAGAGUUUUAAAGAAGAUUUACAAUAUAAUAAAACACAACAGGAAAAGUUCGACAGAAUUUUUAGAUAACCAAGCAGAGUUAAAUAGUGGUCAAAUAUGUGAAUUUCAAGAAGUAAAACCUUCACCUGUAACAGAAGGAUAUCGUAAUAAACAUGCUAUACUGAUUGGUUUCGAUGUCAACAAAAAUAUUAUAGCAGGGUAUCCAUUACAGAAACAAAAUGAUGAUCAAAUCCAUGUUAAAGCAGAUAAAUUAUGUAUUAUAUCAGAUCAUCAUAAAUAUAUCAAUCAGUUAUUAGAAGAGUUUAUUAAGAGACCACCUCUACCAGCUGAGGAAUAUAAUGGAUUAUGGAGAUCAGGUUCAGUAAGAACUACUACUACCGGUGAAACCAUGUUAACAUUAACAGUUAAUCCAUAUCUUCUUUCACAGGAAGAUUUAGAAAUGGCUAAGAAAAGUUAUAUAGAGUAUUUUACUGAUGGAAAUGGAGCCCAAGCUAACAUUCACUCUCUGUAUAUGGAAUUAUGUUCUUCACGUAUACCACGACAUGCCAAUUCCCAGCUUCUACAUCUAAGUGGACAGAAAUAUAUAACAGAGAAACUCAAUGAUAAAGAGUUUAGAAUAACUCCCUAUUCCUUUUUUCAAGUUAAUACCCAUUGUGCUGAGGUCUUAUAUAAUAAUAUUAGUGAUUUGAUCAAUAUUAAUUCUGGUACAACUCAUCUACUAGAUAUGUGUUGUGGAACAGGAACUAUAGGAAUAUUAUUAUCAAAUUAUGUAGAUCAAGUUUGUGGUAUUGAAGUUAGUAAAGAAGCUAUAGAGUGUGCUAAAGAAAAUGCCCUCUUAAACGAUGUGAAGAAUAUAAAAUUUGUCUGUGGUACUGCAGAAGAUGUAUUAAACCAACUUAUUUUAGAGGACUCUCCAGUAUUAAAGGCUGAUAAUUUAGUAGUUGUACUAAAUCCUGGUAGACUUGGCUUUAAAUCAAAAUUUAUUAGAAGAUUGAGAAGAAUAUCGGCAAUAAACCAUUUUAUAUUCGUAACUUGUAAACCAUCUGGUGUUAUAAUACAGAACCUAGUUCAGCUAAUGAUGGACGAUACAAAAGGAAAUUUAGGAGAACCAUUUUCACCUCAAACAUCAGUAGCUGUUGAUUUAUUUCCCCAUACAAAACACUGUGAAUUAAUUAUAUCAAUGACUAGAUAA